CAGAGUGAAACAAAAAAGUUACUUAUUUUGCGAAAUAAGAUGCGGAAAAAUAACCAACCUUGUUUGCUCUAUCAAAAAUUUGGGUUACUGUGCAAAUCAAAUCAAUGAUGCUUGUCUUAAAGUGCAUGAUAAAAAUCAAGUUGCACUCUGCAAGAAUUUUCUUCAAGGAAAAUGUUUAUUAAAUGAUUGUCUUCUGUCUCAUAACGUUGGCCCAGAAAAAAUGCCAACAUGCAAAUACUUCUUAGAAGGAUGCUGUAUUCGUGAUAGAUGUCCAUAUCUCCAUGUGAAGGUAUCUUCAAAGAGUCCUAUAUGUGUUGAAUUUCUACGAGGGUACUGUCUGCAAGGUCAUAAUUGUCAGAAACGCCAUAUUUAUACAUGCCCAGAAUUUGAAAAAAGUAGGAAAUGUAGUAAAAUUGAAUUUUGUCCAUAUCCUCAUAAAAGAUCUACUGUGAAGACAGAACUAUCAAAAAAUCAUGUCAAUUCAAAUACAAGCAAUAAAAUUGAAUGCCUCAAUGAAAUGAGAGGAAAAGAAAAUCCAAUUGUUGAAUACAAAAAACGGUAUUAUGAAAAUUUGAGGGAAAAUUUGAAUGAAAAAAACGGUGACUUGCUCAAAUUAUUAAACGUCAAAACCACUAUUAAUGCAGAGCAAAUAAUUCAGUCAAAAGGAAGAAAAAAUAAUAGCAAUGAAUUUAUUGAUAUAAACAAAUCUAUUGAAACUAGUUCUCAAUGUAGUAUAAAUACUGAGAAUUUUCACAACAGAACAGAAUGGACUCUUAUUGGUCCGCUUCCAUCUUACAUUCCCAUAGAUAAAUAAUAAAUAUCACUGUAUUAACUAUUAAUUUUUUAUUAAAUAUUUACUUGUAAGAACCUCCAUA